CCAGGAAGAUGAGGUGAGCAGCCCUCAGCCUGAUGGAGGCAUUUGCAGGAGAUGCCUCAGUGGGGAUGACCUGAGUCAUGCUCAGUCAGUGACUUCAGUGUCCAUCUGUCAGCUCUGUGUCAUUUGCUUUCCUGGUUUGUGCUUGCUGGAAUGCAACCCCCUGUAUUAGACAUAAUAAAAGAGGAGUUUUAUAACUGACCAAAGGCAUAUUUUUCUGCCAGCUUGUUUGUAAGUCAUGUCAUUGCUGUGACUCACUGAAUAUGCUGAUUUGUGUAUAAUGAAUUAAAGACGUGGCUCCACCAGUUGCUACAUCCACGUGUGUCUACAACCCCCUUCAGGAGAGCGCUGCUUUCACAGCAGGAGUUGGGAACUUGUGUGGAGCAGCUCAUGUGCUGCCCUAAUUUCCAGUUUCCAGCUCCUCAGCCAGGUUUAACUGGUGCAGAUGUUCCUAACCCUAAGCAAGGACUGCCAGUUUGGGAACUCCUUUGUGCACAGUUCAGCCACAGCUGCUUUAGGGGACAGCUUCCAGGAGAAUGGUGACAGCUUGGCGUAGGGACAAAUUCCUCCAUCAAGUAUGCCUGAAUUUGAGUCACCCCCAGCAGUUAAGGGAAGGUCAUGGCAGUGUGUGUUUUGUGUCCUUUAGAAUUCUGUUCAGUAAGAGUGUCUCUGUGCCUUAUGAGCAUGUUGCUACUGUUAGCAUGUAUCUAGAUUUGUAACCAAAAACUUCCAAAACUUUAGGCACCCAAAUGUGUUAAUACAACCAAGUCACUGGAAUUUUCAUGGAAUCACUUUAAUACAUCUAAAUCAGAUGUAUAUCAGAUGUAUAUUUUAUUCCAUUGAACUUUGGUCCUUUGUGAAACCAUCUCAAACAGAUGCGUAUGAGAUGUUUGCUUGCUGAUUAGUUUAAAUAAAUAAAUAUGUAAUAGGAAGAGAGAGGAAGAGGGGAAAAUGCAAUUCCAGAGAAUUACCAGUGUCAGAAAACACCCUUUUCCUUCCCUGUCUCUGUUACAAUAAUGAUAAUUUAGGUUUGAGGUAGUGAAUGGCAAAAGUAGUUUAUAAGGAGGCUGAUAAUGUCUGACUCAUAUCACAUGAGACUUCAGCAGUUAGAAUCUUAAAUUCUACCCAGAAUUCAUUAAGUAGCUUAGGCAGCCCUUGUAAGCCACAAGUUUUUGUACUUUCAGUGACAUGGGCUGCCUCUGUCACCAUGGCCACUCCGAAUGUGGUACCAAGGCUUUUCUAAACAGAGUAAAAACUAGUAAAUAACAAACCUGCUGGAACUGGUGUUAUAAUUUCUUUCAAACCUGCAUCUGUAUAGUUUGUUCGACUCUUUUUUUGUCUCUGUGAUUCCCAUGUGUAGCAAGCCAAGCUGUGAUCCCUGCUAAUUGUAGAGAAACGUGCCUUUAUUCAGUAGUGUAACACAGUAUUUUUAUUUACGAUGUAUUUGUAUUCCUUCCCUUCAUAUAUUGCAUAAACUGUUCUCUUCUUUAACAAGACCCAAGGGCUGGUACAGGGAUGUUUGUUGCUGCUGUGAGAAGUUGCUUUGUUUGUUCCUGUAAUUCCAUCCUGACUUGGCAAUGCAGGCUCAGAGUUAUCAUUUCAUUUGACCUGUAAAUCAAUCUGUGUAACAUGCAAAGUAACCACGAAUGCAAAGGAAAUGAGAACAAAGUCAUUGGAAAAGCAUUUUAUGGAGCACAUUCCAAGGCUGUAUUUAUGUGUGCUUUAUUCCUUCCACGAGGAAACAGUGCAAUAUGCAGAACUGUAACACAAAUACACAGAGAAACGGGAAAAAGGAAGGAUAGAGUGAGAAUAUUUAUGUAUGUUAAUGAAGAAUGGGGGGAUUUAAGAAGAACCUGAUCUCUCAGCUUUGCAGCAAGGAAUAAGGAUCUGCAUCUUCUUUUCCCUUCUGGCCUGGACUUAGAGCACGACAUGGAAACAUUUGGCAGGAUGCAUUGAAUAAAAUAUGACCAUCCCUCUUUACUAAAGCCAACCACCAGCUACAAAGGAGCAGGAACAGCAAAAGGCCUGAGCACACCUGAACUUCUGUGUCUGCCUGAUGCCCUUGAGUCACGAAUUGUCCAGCACAGACUUCUCACCCUCUUCCCUGCACAGGAAGGCCUGGGAGAGCGCUGACUGCAGGACUCUACCAAGGUCGCGAUGCCAGAGGGAUGCAGGGAGGAGCUCCCCGGCGGGCAGCCCUGUGAGAGCCCGGGGACGGAGCCCGCCGGGCUGCGGGCUCCCCGCCGCAGCAGGACCAUGGUGACAGGGGGCGGCGGCUACCUGGGCUACAACCUGGGCUGUGCCCUCGCCAGCUCGGGAAUCGCUGUUGUGCUCUUUGAUGUUCGGAAGCCUAAAUGGGAAAUUCCAAGCGGAGCGGAUUUUUUCAAGGGUGAUGUGAGGGAUUAUGAAGCAGUGUUUGAAGCAUGUGAAGGGGUUGACUGUGUGUUCCAUGUAGCUGCAUGUGGAAUGUCGGGAUUGGAACAACUUCAAAAGAAAGAUCAGAUUGAAUCCAUAAAUGUUGGUGGCACAAAAAUAAUAAUUGAUGUCUGCAAACAAAGAAAUAUCCCUAGACUGAUCUAUACCAGUACAGUGAAUGUGGUGUUUGGAGGGAAUCCUAUUGAAGAAGGAGAUGAAGAAACUGUACCAUAUUUUCCACUGGAAAAGCAAUUUAAUCAUUAUUCCAGAACCAAGGCAAUUGCAGACCAAAUGGUCCUUGCUGCUAAUGGAACUUUACUCAAAGGAGGGGACAAGCUCCACACGUGUGUGCUUCGCCCGCCCGGCAUCUACGGACCAGAAGAGCAGCGGCACCUGCCUCGAGUAGCCAUAAAUAUCCAGCGGAGACUUUUUAACUUCAAGUUUGGGAAUCACAAAGUUCAGAUGAACUGGGUUCACAUAGGAAAUCUAGUGCAAGCUCAUUUACUGGCUGCUGAGGCUCUCACCUCUGAGAAGGGCUAUGUGGCUAGUGGUCAGGCUUAUUACAUCCACGAUGGUGAAAAUGUCAUCUUCUCUGAGUGGAUUGUGCCUUUGUUUGAAAAAUUAGGCUACAGGAAACCUUGGAUACACAUUCCUGUUCUCCUGGCUCAUAUAGCAGCCACUGUGAUGGAAUAUCUGCACCUGAUACUAAAGCCAGUUUUUAGCUUUACACCUGUCUUGACAAGGAAUGAGGUGUGGAAUGUCACUGUAACUCACACUUUCCGAAUUGACAAGGCACGAAAUCAACUCGGUUACAAACCCAAGAAAUUCUCAUUCGCUGAUUCUGUGGAUCAUUAUCUAAAAACAAGACCUACCUGCCAAGAAGAUCACACGUUCCUUAAAAUGGUGUUUGUUUUUGUCAUUUUGUUAAGUUUGAUCAUUCUUUCUUUCUUCUAAAAUCAAAUAACCACUCACCUGUUCCAGAAAACCUCAUUUUGUUUCUGAGUAUUAAUUAUCUGGUCAUAAUACAUUCCUCAGCCACUCGGGACUUUGUUAUUCAUAUUACUAUGAUGACACCUCUCUGACCUCAUUAAGAAAGAAAGAAAACCCAAACAAAAAAACCCUAGAAAAGUGAAAACACAGGACAUAUCAGGAAAUAUUCCUCAAGAGAAACACAGUGUUACAGCAAAGGAGUUCACCACAAAUGGGUGCAGGAACACUUUUAAUGGAUCUUCAUUAAGUAAUUGUUUCCUGCUGGGAAGCAUUUACUAAAAAUGAUAAUUCAGGAGGGUGAGAAGGUGGAAGAAGAGGAACUGUCACAGGACAACAGUGGUGCAACAAGUCCAGUAGCUCCAAUGAAGAAAAGGGUGACUAAACAACUCUUCUGAUGAAGCCACAGCUACACCUACUGUCAGCUAGCCUGAGGAAUUACAGAGACCUGGGAAACAGUGCAAAAAAUAUGGAAAGUAAAUAUUUAUAAAUAAUAGGUGAAUAGAGGAAUGAAAAUCAUAUUUAUGUAAAAGUUGUAUUGUUCUAAAGCUUUGUAAAAAUGUAAUAAAUAUCAUUGUGUGUUUGUAAAUCAAAUAAUAUCCUUUCAAUGCAAUAAUAAAUAAUAGCUGA